CCUAUAGAUAAUGUACAAAUGCUAAUAACGUACAUAAAAGGCUGAUUCCAGAUCCUAAAGUACCAAUUACACCCAUUUUGUGGGAACGAAGUUUCCUUUUUCAUCCAACAAUGCUUGGGGGCAAAAAUGCGAUUUAACAUUAAAGAAAACACGUCCUUCUUUUUCCUCAACAGUUUUUACUUUUCUUUACUAUAGGAGCUGUUACUUCUGACAAACGGUGGUGAUGGUGGGACGGCCAUCGGCAUCCGGCAUCGUUGUCAAUUUUCCGGCAUUGACAUUUAAGUUCUGAUCCUGAAGCAAAGAAGUGGGGUUCCUCCAAUUGAUGUCUUUCACUGAAGUGAGAAGCCUUCCCUUCCUUCUCCCCAAUCCGGACGAUCGGUUGCUGUUGACCGCCGUCGUCAAUCGAUUGGAUUGAAUUGCAUUUCAGUGGUUGAUGGUCAAACAAGAAGGAUGGGGAUGAUGGAAUUAAUUGGUAAAGCCCGUAUUGAAGCAUUUAUGAGCUGUUUUGUGAGAGUUCAUCCCCACGAGACCUCCGCUUUGUUCUAUUCCACUUCAACCUUCUUCUUUAUUCUGAGUGCAUAUUUCUUGGUUCUGCCUUUGCGCGAUGAAGGCGCUAUAUCGUUGGGGUUGGGAAAUUUGCCAGAGCUUUUCGUUGGAUCUUUGCUGCUUACCUUGGUUGCUGCUCCCCUUUCCACGCUUAUCUUCUCUUUGCCCAAUCUUUCUAAACGAAAGGCUUUGGUGUUCAUCCACAGAUUUUUUAGCGCUUCUCUUGUUGUAUUCUUUAUCCUGUUCCUCACCUCCUCACCAGGAACUGCGGGCUUCAAUUUCAAGGGGCUUCUUCGGAUGUCUUCUACGAUCAAAGAAGAACUCAAGGUUGAAGUGAAUCAUGCAAGUGCUCCUUCGCCUGAUGAGUGGAGCAACAAUGGAUGGUUUUAUAAGGCCGUUAGAAUCUGCUUGUUUCUUUGGGUUGCACUUCUUAAUCUUAUCACUAUAUCAUCAACAUGGGCUAGAGUUAUAGAUGUGAUGGAUACUGAGUCAGGUUCAAGAUUGUUUGGUUUCAUUGGUGCUGGCGCUACAUUUGGUCAGCUAUGUGGUUCAGUACUUGCAACAAUAGUGGCUUGGUUAGGACCUUAUUUACUUCUUUUUGCUGCUAUUUUAAUGGAACUUGCUGCACAAUCUGCUAAAGGAAUUGAGAGAGACACCACAAAUCUUCCAGAUGAACAACUUCCAAUGAGGAAAGUUGAUAGUGAUGAUCAUCUUGAUGUUGCUGAUGAACACUCGCAACGUGCUUCUGGAAGACCUUCCCCUAAAUCAUCCGCUGUAGAAUCAAAGCCUCAGUUCUGGUCUAUAUUAGAUGGGAUACGCCUCAUACUCUCAUCAACUUACUUAAUAUAUGUUGCCUUAUUCCUGUGGCUAAGUGCUGUAGUAUCCUCUUUCUUUUACUUUCAGAAAGUUACUGUGAUUGCCACAAGUGUCACAAACCCUGUUCAGAGAAGAAGAUUGUUCGCUCAGAUAAAUAGCUUCAUUGCCGUGUUUAUUCUUGGUGGACAACUUACUGUGACGGGGCGCAUUCUUACCAUCUUUGGAGUUACUGCUGCUAUAAGCUGUACACCUUUUGUUGCCAUUAUUAAUUUAAUUGCUAUAGCUCUCUGGCCAACAUGGAUUGCUGUUGCCAUUUGUGAAACCUUACGUAAGGUUACCACGUAUGUUGUAACUAGGCCUGGGAGAGAGCUACUGUUCACUGUUGUCUCACAGGAGGAGAAAUAUAAAGCAAAGGUAUGCAUCGACGUGAUUGUGCAACGUCUUGGAGAUGCUUCGGCAGCUGGAAUGUACAAACUCCUUCACACCACUGUGAAAGGAAAUCCAUCAACUGCCUCCCUAUAUGCCUUGCCUGUGUGCAUGUUGUGGAUACUGACAGCAUUUCAUCUAGGGCAUCGGCAAGUGAAGCUGGCAAAACUCCGUUCUUCUCAGCCACCUGAAACCAUCUCAUGAAACCACCUCAAAGUAGUUUUCUGCAUUCAUACUAACUAUACAUUCACUGGCCAAAGGAUGGGCAAGGAAGUUCAGGCCUCAUGAGUACCCACAGUUGCACCAUCUUACUAAGUUUACUUAAGUUACAGUGGCCCUGCAAUUUUGUAUUAUUCGUAUCUUCUUCUUCUUCCUUCUCUUUUUGGUUCUUAAUAUUAUGUUGGAGGGCAAAUAUUUGGUUGAAACCCUUGGAGAGGCCUCCGUUCGAAUCUUCUGUAUAAUGUAGCUGUACACAUAUUUGAUUAAGAAAGGGUGUACCUGUGUACUUGUUACUCUUACUUAGUACUACGGUGUUCACAACGCUAAAAAUUGUUUCUGAUACUUAACAUGAUAUCGGCCCACUGGCUGCUGUGAAUUAAGGAUGGUUUUAAAUAGGCG